GGAACUCCCGGCCGCAACCAGCGAGCUAUACAGUCUGAUACGGUUGGAUGUUAUUCGUUAUUAGGUUUUUAGCAGAUUAUUUUCUCCAGUGCACCCUCCUCCUCCAGCUGUGGUGUUUGAGUCUCUCUCAGGCUGUUUCCAUUAGCUUGUUGAUAAAGCCCAGUUAUGUGUCACUGAAGCACUUUUCCCACAUUUACUGGGGGGGGGGGGGGCUGUUGCUGUCAGCCUCAGUGUGCGCCACAGCUGCGGGUGGAAGUUUUCCAAACCAUACACUGUACAUGUGUCAGUGUUUGGGGGCGGGGCUUUGUGAGGAGAUCACCAGCGUCAUCUCCCGAGAGGUUACUUUGGGUCAUGCUGAUCCAGUGACGGCUGCUUCCUCAUUGUUCACACAUGUGUCCAUUCAAACUCUCUCACCCCUCUCUCUCUCUCACUCUCACUCUCACUCACACACGGCUGUACACACAGACUAUAAAAUAAUCUGCUUUCGUUGAAAUAGUUAAAGCUGGGUCACUGCGGCCACAAUGCUGAGACUCAAGACUUUCAAAACAAAUGCAUUCGAUCCCUGCAGGCGCUAGUCUUAGACGUUUCCCACAGCAUGGCCUUUGGUGUGGCUUUGACAAAUAUAACUCCUGCCUGCUACUGAGUUUGCUCUUAACAGCAGCCACACAAACCGUCUUUUGACCAGUACACUUUGACUUCUUUCUGUGAAAUCACCGUUGUAAACAGCAAAAAUAACGUUAAAAUGUCCCCUGGGAAAUGUGCCGGUGUGUCGCAGCCAGUCUGAGGGAGUGGGAGGCCUGCAGGGAUUUUUCACAGAAAGGUUCCCGACCCUUUUUCUUUUUCAGCUGCCACAUCCCCUCCCCCGCAUCCCUGAGCAGCCUACGCGAUGGCUUCGUUUCAUACGAGUUAUUCGUGAAUGAUUGUUAAAACACUGCAGAGCCGAUGUGACGGGUAUAAUUCACACGGUUGCAUAAGAUGAAGUACAGUGGGGGGUGUCGGUGGUAGCUGCUGGUCAGAGGAGGGGCUGCCAGUCUCCUGUCAACACAGACGAUAAGUUUGAACAUGCAGUACCUCCAUAGUGGGACCAGGUGACGAGGUAAAUGUCAGUGUAGGCAGCUUCAUAAUGAGCGCCACAGGGAGGUGAGUGGGACUCCACCUAUGUACUCCCUUGCCUACUCGAUUAAAAACAUAAUCUCCCUAGUUGGUUCUGAAAUGUGUGCACCCUUGUUUAACGAAGGGCACAAUUGGGAGAUGAACCCGGUCACGAAGGCCUCCCUCCUCGGUCUCCUGUGUUAAUGUUCCCCUGAGAACACCUGCAUGAUUUCAUUUAGAUUACAAAAGGAAGAAGCAUCGAACGUUGGGUAACAGUUUCCCAGAAGAGUCGGAACCGUUCCUCUUUUGUGAUGACAUGACUCUUUGUUAGCAGGUGUGCAACAAUGUGUUGAAAUGGCUUCUUGUUCUGCAAGUUCAGAUGGAGGGUUUCUAGCCGAAUGGGUAGGGUUUGUAUGAGGAAUGAUUGGCACGUUCACUUUCAUCACGGUCCUCUCCGUCGUCAUAUAAAAGAGAUGGGUGUGGUGGUGAGGCCACAGGAAAGCUGCUGGAGUGGUUGCUACAUCUUAAAAGCACCAUGUAGUAGUGUAGGAAGUGGGGGAGGGGAGAGAUGAGUCAGACUGGUCCCUCAUUGGUCCAGCCCACAACACACCACAUGCGUGAGCCAAUGAGGCCUCGGCUGCGAAUGGCCCGGCAGGAUUUUUAAAGAGUGGCUGAGGAAUUUCAGGAGUUUACUCCAGUUCAAGUUGUGAAGCAGAGCGAGUCGCACUAUUGGUGACAGUCUGCAGGUUUCCUGCUGUAAAUAAAAACAUAUAAAUGGAUUACUUUGGACGUUGGCUGUCGGGUAUCUUGAGGUUGCAUUGCUACUCAUACUGACUGCCUGUCUUCCUUAAUAUGAAUAUAUUCAAUUCUGCUAAAGAUUGGGAUGUUUUCCCUUACCAGUGAUUUUGUGGGUUUUUACCACAUUAAUUUCACAUAAAGCAUGAUUUAUUAUUUAAACUUUCUCAGAAUUCUGAAGUUAUUUGUAUAUGCAUAAAACAUGAAUUAAAAACUUGGUUUUUAAAGCUUGGUUUCCAACUUUUAUUACAGCUAAUCACCCACCCAGACAGAUGAUUGCUACCCAAGUAAUUCAUUAAUUUAUUGUUGUCGGCCCAUUUAAGAACAGUUAAUAAGCAGCAGACUAAGCUGUCACCUGCUGGGAUAAAAUCCUCUCUCUCUCUCGUCAUCGCGGCUAUUUCAGAGGACAUUUGAAUACGAUUCCAGGAAGGAUCUCAUACGGUGUCGCUGCACUUCUGCCGGCAAGCACAGUGCAAGUCCUGGCUAAGCCUCGUAACACGGUGUUGAGAACAGCCUUCGCUGGAUGGGACGUGAAAGUCUAUUUUAUAACAAACAAAACAGAGGCACAGUCUUGGUGUUCUUUUCACACCGCCGCUUGUUUCAUCCGUGUUGCAGCAUGUCUGAAUGAAGCCGAGUAAGUCAAGUCAAGCACCAUCGGGCCUCUCGUGGUGUGUGUUCGUGGCAUUUGACACAGAGGUAAUAAGCUUUAAAAGAAAAGCAUUCCUGAUAUGCAUCGUCAUAUCCAGAUAAAGUAUCGGACCACUGCUGCACAUGCCCACAGCGGCUUCACUGGGGUGUACAGUUAAUCACAUCACAUGGGCUACAGAGUCAGCUGAGCGCUGCUCCCUCUGACAUCACUCUCCCCAGAGUACACGCUGUGGCUCUAAACGGGCUUCGGGUGAUUAGUGGCGAGUCUGCAGCGAAGCACUUUGAUUGGAAAUUAGCUGGCGAGAAGUUAAGUCUUCUUUUUAUAUGAUCGUGCUCUCAACCCCCCUGGCCGUGAUUGCCUAUUUCCUCAUCUGGUUCGUUCCUCCCUUUGAGGACGGCAAAGUCAUCUGGUACCUUAUCUUCUACUGCAUCUUCCAGACCCUUCAAACCUGCUUCCAUGUGCCAUACUCUGCCCUCACCAUGUUCAUCAGCUCAGAGCAGAAAGAGAGAGACUCGGCCACCGCAUACAGGAUGACGGUGGAGGUUAUGGGCACUGUUCUGGGCACAGCUAUCCAGGGCCAGAUCGUGGGUAUGGCGAACGCUCCCUGCCUCCCAGGACCCGGCGACAUCGACCUGAGCAACUCCUCUCUGUCGGUCAGACUCAAUGCAUCGGGGCCGGUCAUUUCCCUGGAUGACACGAAAGUGGCCUACAUGAUUGCCUCUGGUGUCAUCUGCAUUAUCUAUGUCCUCUGUGCUAUUGUUCUCUUCUUCGGUGUGAGAGAGAAAAAAGAGUCUUGUCGUCCCAGGUCGGGGCCCAUGGGUUUCUUCCAGGGGAUUAAGCUGGUGAUGGGACACGGACCGUACGCCAAACUGGUCAUGGUCUUCCUCUUCACCUCGCUCGGUUUCAUGCUCCUGGAGGGAAACUUUGCCCUGUUCUGCAGCUCGACACUGGGCUUCAGAAACGACUUCCAGAAUAUACUGCUGGUCAUCAUGCUGUCCGCUACUCUGGCCAUCCCCUUCUGGCAGUGGUUCCUGACUCGCUUUGGGAAAAAGACGGCGGUCUGCGCCGGCAGCUUGUCUGUGAUUCCCUUCAUGAUCCUGGUGGUGUGUAUGAAGAGCAAUCUGAUCGUCACCUACAUCGUCUCCUUUGCUGCUGGCGUCGGAGUGGCUGCAGCCUUCCUGCUGCCCUGGUCCAUGCUGCCCGACGUCGUUGACGAUUUCAAAGUGCAGAACCCCGACUCCACCGGCCACGAAGCUCUCUUCUAUUCCUUCUACGUCUUCUUCACCAAGUUCGCCUCUGGAGUCUCCCUCGGCAUCUCCACUCUGAGUUUAGAUUUUGCAGGCUACAUCAGCAGAGGCUGCUCUCAACCAGAGGAAGUGGAUAUAACCUUGAAAGUGCUGGUCUCCGCCGCACCCAUAGCCCUCAUCCUAAUCGGCCUCAUCAUAUUGUACUCGUAUCCGAUCACAGAGAAGAAGAGGCAAGGCAACCGCAAACUGCUACAGGAACAAAGGGAUAACGAGGCAGAUUCAGAAACGGACUCGACAGAACUGGCAUUGAUGAUCUAGCAUGUGUCGGUGACCCGCAGACCAAUGAGGUGAUCGACUAGCUGGGACCAACUGACCCUGGGCCUGUUGGAUCGUACAGACACUGCCUCGUUUAACCACGCUGCUGCUGUUCCACGUCUACAAGACUUGAGUAACUCAAAGUGUCAUCGCCGGUUCAGCCACGCUGAGGCCUUUCCAAAAAACAUUUGACAUUUUCCCAGCUUGAAAUUCAUUCUCCUCUCUUGCUCCGUCAGACACACUGCUUUUUUCGUGUGUAACAUACUACUUUUGAACACUGUGGAAACAAACUAUUUUUUGGGGGGUUGGCCUUGUCCUCAGUUGAAAUUGCACAAAACCAUAAAAUGUGAUGGGAGCAUGUUUUGUCGGUGCUGCCAUUAUUGGUGCUACAUUUUCUAUCCUCGUACAUAACCACAUGGAGCAUUAACGACCGUGAGCACUGCGCCAAAGACAACUUUAUAGUUUAUAGAGAUGUGAGAAACUUGAACAGUGAUAACGCCUUAAUAUUCAGAACUGACAAAGGGAUACGUUUGUCAAUCAGUUGCUGCUGUUCAAAAAUGCACACCACGGUGUUUAAAUGUGUUUUUGUAAUCUUACAAAUAAUCCUUCUAGUCAGCCAGUUUGUUUGCAUCUCAUUCCUAUCCAACUGACUGUUUGUUUUCUUUUAAGAAGCCGUCAUAAUGUGAUGUUUGACCAUCCUAAGAACUUUAGUUCAACCACCAUAGUACUGAAACCACUACACCAGUAAAAGCAGUUAGCUUGCGAUUACAUUUCUUGCAUUCUUUAUUUAUAGGACAGCGACUGAAGACGGGAAAAGCUUUUCUUUUUGUAAACGCUUUAAUUUUCCUUAAUACUGAGCGACUGUCGGUGACGACAGUCGUUGCUGAUUGAGUUAUAUCAUAAUUUAUAUAUUUAUUAGUUUUUUUUUGAAUUCAUGUCUGCUGGAAAAUGGUGCUUCUUGCAGUAUUUAAAUCUAUUUAAGGCCUCUGAGGUUCCAACUGAAUUAGAAGAUUAAAAAUGAGGAAAAUGUGUUUGGAGUCUAAUUUUAAAACACUUGCACACCUUUCAAUGCAUGUUACAAAUCUUUGCUCUGUAUGCAUUCAAAAAGGGAAGCGCAUAAUCGUGAAAGAAGAAGAUCGGGGAGUGAACGUGUGUUUUGAAUGUUUUUUUUCUUUGUGUAUUUGUGUUUAAUGAAGGAACAACCACGAUCCUUUGUGAUCAUCUCAGUCCCUGUCAUUAAAGUGUGGAUUGACACAGUUCAUAUCUAUUGAUAUAGGAAUGUGUACAUGCUGUGUCAUAUGUGAAUACUGUACAUCUUUGACAUGUUUCUGACAACUGGGUUGCCGAUUUCCGUUUUUCUCAAGAGAUUCCCCAUAGCGCUACAACAUGGUGCCAUUUUUCACCCACCGUGUCUGUAAUAAUUGUACAUUCUGUAAAUCUCCCCGUUUUAUUCUGCCAGUGUUUUUGCCCGUUGUGGAUCUGUCGUUAAAUAUCCCUCGUGACUCUUGAGGUUGUAGCCAAACGUGUGACACGCAUAAGCCUUGUGUACAUGCCUCCUGUGCAUAUGUAUAUAUUGUAUGUAAACCUGUAAAUAUCUUUGAUAUUUGUGGCUGUGAAAUGGACCUAUGAACACUGUAGUUAUUUAAGGAAAAAAAUGUUGAGAAUGAAAACAAGAGAGUUAAUAAAUACUAAUUGAGUGUACUGUGAA